AUGGCUUCAUACAAAUCCUCUUCUUUUAACUCCCCUCGCUCAUCACCCUUCCGCCGACCUGCUUCACCCAGUUCACCCACCAACAUCAGCGGACGGCCUAACACGCCUCCGACAAACCGCAGCGGCGCAUCUCCAAUGACUUCACCAUCGAAACUCAAGCAUGCCUAUACCGUCUCCGAGGAGGAAGAAGAAGACGAAGACACCAUUUCAACACCUUCCAAACCCUCAGGAGCGUAUGAAGCCUCCCGCACCAGCCGAGCACACACCGAACCUCCUCCAUCACCUACAGCCCGCCGUCUGCCCAUGACAACAACAGCCUCCCCCUCCAAGUACAACACCACCGACUCGCUCUCCAUCUCCAAAGCACCACUCAACAGCACGACCAAUCCAAACCGCGAGCCCCGCCGCCUCGUCUCAACAGGUCUCUCACAACACGACUCCCUCUCCAAACUUCCACCCCAACUGCUGCACAACCUACGAGAAUCCUUCUCCGUUCUCGACAGCAACAGCAACGGCAGCAUCGACGCAGCCUCCGUCUCGGAAACUCUACAGUCUCUCGGCCUGCACGAGUCGAACCUCUCACAAUUCUUCCCACCAGGACAACCCACCCAACUCGGUCUCCCCCAAUACCUCACCCAACUGGCCAACCUCCUCGUCAACCUCUCUCCACCUCAAGAGCUCCUCAACGCCUUCUCCGCCUUCGACGACGACGACAGUGGCCAGAUCGACAUCGGCGAGCUCCGGUCCGCUCUGCUCAACACGGCCCCAGACCCGGGUGAGCGGCCCCUCUCCCAGAAAGACAUCGACCGCGCCAUGGACGGUUUCACGGGCCGCCGUAUCCUGGCGAAGAACGUCAUUGGCAUCGCCGGCGUCAGGGGCCUGAAUACCCCCGCCCCGAAGAAAGGCGGCGAUGUCUUCCGCUACCAGGAAUUCGUCGCGAAUCUUACGGGUGGGCCGGCCACCGCGGAGAGUGCGAAGGCUCAGACUGUGCAGGCUAGAUGA